AUGUUCCUUGAUUAUAAAUAGUAUAAGUUAUUGCAUGACUCCUCUAUUUUUAUCGAAACUUGCAAACAAAGUUUUUUUCUUAAAAUGUUUGCCUUUGACGAAAUAUGAUCAGUCAAGAUCUGCGGUUGACUUGGUGUAUAAAGUUCAUGGAAACGAGAAUUACAAUGUUGCACCUGUUAUUAUCAUACAUGGAUUGUUGGGUAUGAAGAAAAAUUGGGAGAGUGUCUCGAAAAGGAUCAAUGAAAGCAGUAGUAAAACUGUAAUAGCGGUCGAUGUGAGGAAUCAUGGAGAAAGUCCGCAUACUGAAUCUCAUACAUACAUGGAAUUGGCUAGCGAUAUAUCGAAGCUGAUUGCAAAGUUGUCAAUAAAGUCUUCACAUAUUAUUGGUCAUAGUAUGGGAGGUCGGACUGGCAUGGUUUUGGCGCUGACCGAGCCUGCGUUAGUGGAGAGUUUAAUAGUUGUCGAUAUAUCACCAGUAUCAACUGCCGGAAUAUUGAAUGACUUUUUUCCUAAAUUAAUAGGAGUUAUGAAGGCAGUCAAUUUUAAAGGUGUUAACAAUAUCAGCAACGCCCGAAGUAUAGCUAAGGAUAACCUCGUGAAAUCGGGUCUGGUUAAGGCAGAAUCAUCCGGUUUCCUUUUGAUUAAUGUUGGGUUAAAGCCUGAUGGCUCGUAUGGCUGGCUCUGCAACUUGGAUGCUCUGAAUAAGCAUUUUACAGACAUCGCUACUUUUCCAAGUGGACUCGCUGGAAAACAGUACUCAGGUCCUACUUUAUUUAUUGGAGGAGAAGAAUCAAAUUAUCUACCACGUGAAGAUUUACCGGGCAUUAAAAAAUAUUUUCCAAACGCAAAGCUAGAGUACAUAAAAGAUGUCGGGCAUAACGUACAUGCUGAAGAUCCUAAUGCUUUUUUGGAAAUAGUUUUAAAGUUUUUUUCAUAA